AUAAAAAGAAUGCGGUGUCUUAUACCUUGCUUCUGCUCUCUCGCUUAUAGAUCGUCUGAUAUAUAUGCCGUUACAUAGGAAAUGGACCUGAGGCAAGGUAACCGAGCGCACUUCUGGUUGAGCUUUGUGACUUCGGCACCUGCUAGUGAUGAUCGCAGAUACAGGUCACCAGGCCGACUUCAACCCACACGGUCACAUUCAAUGCUCAGUCCAAACUUAUGUAUCUCUCUACAUAUAAAGUCUCUAUCCAUGGCGAAGCAGAAGAUCCAAAUUCCUCAGUCCUUUCUGAACUGCUUCAGCGCUACUCCUGAAGCCUCCAAGACUGCAAAAGCAUCGCGCGCCAUCGAAGUCAGCACGCUCGCCAAGCGCACACACGAAAUGUCUGCUUCUACCAGGGAUGAAAGGCCAGCGAAGCGGCAAAAGACUACAACGACCAACACGCCGCCGCCCGGGCCAGAGCCCGAGGCGAAAAGCAAAGACGAGCCGUGGAAAGAGCCUCCGGUGGUCUUCACCGACAAGGACGGCAACGCCAUCUCGGAGGCGGAGUGGUCGCGCAUCGCCCGAGACUUCGAGCAGCUCGACGGCGGCAUCUUGUUCAGCUGCGGCCCCCGCCUGCCCGACCACAGGGACCUGCAUCGGUUCGACCAUCUGUCCCGCGUGCGCAGCCAGGACUGGAUGUUCGACGAGGCGGCCUUCGACAAGGACUUCAAGGAGGUCUUUGGCUGGGUCCCGCCUCCCCUGCCGAAGAAAAAGAGGCCCAAGGCCGCGACGAGCGCCGCGAGGCCGCCUUCGUCCGUGCCGGCGGACAUCGAGCUCGCGUUGAACCCCACUUCGGAAGACAGCCGCGAGGCUCGCGCCGCGAGGAGGGCGCUGCGCCGCGGUUGGUGGUUUGACGCCGACGUCGAGCGAGGUGGAGCCUGA